CUAAAAAUGAAAGUUGUUUAAUGAAUGUUUAAUUAAAAAAUGUUUGUAGGGUUUAGUUAAUGAAGUGGUUAUGCCGUAAUGAUGGACACCAUUUAUAUAUUCGUUAUUCUAGCGUUUUCUAUGAUAACCGACUCAGAAUCGUCAAUGAAGUCAAAGUCCUAUACAGCUUGCUAUGGAAACCUUGGAUUGGUAAAUUAUCUACAGCCAUCAUGUCCAGGAGACCAGAAAAUAAUCGUAAUGGCGGUCUAUGCUCUAGCUAAAAAUAAAUCUACUGGUUGCCUCCAGCAGCAUAUUGGACCCAUUGACCCUUCCUGUUGUCUGUAUGAUGUCAAAGACUGUUCUGUCUUGUAUAAUUCUGGACCAUAUCGGAACUAUUAUGAAAAAUGUAACGGCAAAUCUUCCUGUCAGAUACCUGUUUCAUGGAUAGACAUACCCUCACACUGCAACAGUUCUGUUUACACUGAGAGGACCAAUUACAUGAGAAUGGACUACAAUUGUAUCUCAGAUCAGGCCGUAGACCCGUGUACCGACCUGACGACCUCCGAUUCUCCCGCCUUUUUCUGGAACACUGGGUAUCCGUCAGAAAUGACGACAACAAAUACAUCAUGUACCUGCUCUAUCGAGAUGUCAUGUGACACAACAGUGGAACUCGCAGCCAUCGACCUACAACUGGAGUAUGCUGGAAAUUGCAACCAGUCAAUCACUGUCACAGACAGCAGUUCUUUGUCCAAGUUUGAUUGUUCCAACAAUAAUGACUUUUUACCGCAAGUGAUCUACACCAGUUCUGGUCAUUUCAUGACAAUACUAUUUGAAAACAAUCUUGGAACAACUGGCGGGAAAUUUUUAAUCCAAGUCAAAGGAACAAAUCCUACAGGAGAGGUAACUCUUUCUUGCGGGGCAUCCACACUUACAGUGUCGUCACAGAAUCCCAGUAGUCUGCCGACAUGUCCAGUAGAAGGGGACACAACCACAAAUCUACCGACCAAUGGGCAAAGUACACAAACAGACAACUCAACGACACUCACCGCUAUGUCAACCAAGGACCCCGUAACGCUUACAGCUAUGUCAACUAAAGACUCCACAACACUUACCGCUAUGUCAACUAAAGACUCCACAACACUUACCGCUAUGUCAACUAAAGACUCCACAACACUUACAGCUAUGUCAACUAAAGACUCCACACCACUUACUGCUAUGUCAACCGAGAACUCAACAACACUUACCGCUAUGUCAACCGAUCACUCCACAUCAUUUAUCACUAUGUCAACCGAACACUCCACAAUACUUACCGCUAUGUCGACCGAGAACUCAACAACACCUAUCACUAUGUCAACCAAAGACUCAACAACACUUACCGCUAUGUCAACUGAAGACUCCACAACACUUACUCCUAUGUCAACCGAGAACUCAACAACACAUACCGCUAUGUCGACCAAAAACUCCACAACACUUACCCCUAUGUCGACCGAGAACUCAACAACACCUAUCACUAUGUCAACCAAAGACUCAACAACACUUACCUCUAUGUCAACUGAAGACUCCACAACACCUACCCCUAUGUCAUCCGAGAACUCAACAACACAUACCGCUAUUUCAACCAAAAACUCCACAACACUUACCGCUAUGUUAAUGGACUCCUCCACUGUCUCAACUAGCAUCUCACAUAAUGUAACACCUAAGAAUUCCACAAAAGCUAACGAUAUAACUACUGUCUCAUUCACUGCAACAACUACCGCUCUGAAAACUGAGGACUCCAAAAUAUCUACCGCUUUAACAACUGACUCACCCACUGCUUCACCGAGCACCUUACUAAAUGUCAAAACUGAAAACUCCACAACACUUACCGCUUUGACAACUGAGGACUCCACAACACCUACCGCUCGCACAACUGGGGACUUUACAAAACUUACCGAUAUGUCAACGGAUUCAACAACUUUGUCUUUAUCAACACAAGAUGCAACAACAUCUGGAUUUUCUCUGAUGACCGACGUCUUUUUAGGAGUUGUUAUCCCUUUGCUCGUGCUGCCGGUUAUUGGAUCAGUUAUCCUGUACGUGUGUCGUCGUCGUUGUUGUUUUCGGAAUAGGGGGAUGGAAAUCAAAGAAAAAUAUUUAUUGAUAAUCCUGGCGCUUUCCGUGGUUAUUAAAACAGAAUCGUCAAUGGAGUUGAAAUCCUACACAGCUUGUUACGGAAUCCUUGGGAACCCAAAUUUUCUACUGCCGUCAUGCCCAGCCGGACAGAAGAUAGCCGUUAUGGCGGUGUACACGUUAGCUAAAUACAAGUCGACCGGCUGUCCCCAAACACAAACUUCAACGGGUGACGACCCCGCCUGCUGUCAGUAUGACGUCACUGACUGUUCUUACUUGUAUGACUCUGGAUCAUUUCGUGCCUAUUAUCAGACAUGUAAUGGGAAAUCUUCCUGUCAGAUACAAGUUUCAUGGAUCGACAUACCCUCACACUGCAACAGUUCUGUUUACAUUGAGAGGACGCAUUACAUGAAAAUGGACUACUAUUGUAUCUCAGACCAGGCUGUAGACCCGUGUACCGAUCUGACGACAUCCGAUUCUCCCGCCUUUUUCUGGAACACUGGGUAUCCGGCAGAAAUGACGGCAACAAGUUCAUCAUGUACCUGCUCUAUCGAGAUGUCAUGUGACACAACAGUGGAACUCACAGCCAUCGACCUACAAUUAAAAGACCCUGGAAACUGUAAGCAGUCCCUUGUCGUCACUGAUGGCAGUUUUUCUUCAACUUAUGACUGCUCCAGCAACAACGAUUUUCUACCACGAGUGAUGUACACCAGUACCAGCCAUUUUGUGACCAUUGUUUUUACAAACAAUCUCGGUAUUACUGGAGGGAAGUUUUUUAUUCGAAUCCAAGGAACAAAUCCUACAGGAGAGGUAACUCUUUCUUGCGGGGCAUCCGCACUUACAGUGUCGUCACAAAAUCCCAGUAGUCUGCCGACAUGUCCAGUAGAAGGGGACACAACCACAAAUCUACCGACCAAUGGGCAAAGUACACAAACAGACAACUCAACAACACUCACCGCUGUGUCAACCAAAGACUCUACAACACUUACUUCUAUGUCAACCGAGAACUCAUCAACACCUACCCCUAUAUCAACCGAAGACUCCACAACACUUACCUCUAAGUCAACCGAAAACUCAACAACACUUACCGCUCUGUCAACCAAAGACUUCACGACACUUACUCGUACCUCUACUUCAACCGAGAACUCAACAACACUUAUCUCUAUGUCAACCAAAGACUCCACAACACUUACUUCUAUGUCAACCGAAGACUCAACGACACUUACUCGUACCUCCACUUCAACCGAAGACUCAACAACACUUACCUCUAUGUCAACCGAAGACUCAACAACACCUACUAUUAUGUCAACCACAGACUCUACAACACUUACCGCUAUGUCAACCGAGAACUCAACAACACCUACCGCUAUGUCAACCAAAGACUCCACAACACUUACCGCUAUGUUAAUUGACUCCUCCACUGUCUCAACGAGAAUCUCACAUAAUGUAACAACUAAGUACUCCACAAAAGCUCACGUUAUGACUACUGUCUCAUCCACUGCAACAACUACCGUUCUGACAACUGAGGACUCCAAAAUAUCUACCGCUUUAACAACUGACUCCCCCACUGCGCAAACUGAAAACUCCACAACACUUACCUCUCAGACAACUGAGGAUUUCAAAACAUCUACCGCUUUGACAACUGAGGACUCCACAACAACUACCGCCCAGACAACUGAGGAUUUCACAACAAAAGCCGCUCGGACAACUGAGAACUCCACAACAUCUACCGCUCGAACAACUAGGGACUUUACAAAACUUUCCGAUAUGUCAACGGAUUCAACAACUUUGUCUUUAUCAACACAAGAUGCAACAACAUCUGGAUUUUCUCUGAAUGUGACAACAAUGUUAAAUGUUUCUAUUGAAAAUAACAGAUCAAGCAGUCCAGAUACAGAAAACGGUGUUGUUUUACCAGUUGUUAUCACUAUAGUCGUGCUGUUGGUAAUUGGAUUAGUUAUCCUGUACGUCUGUUAUCUUCGUCGUUGUUGUUGUUUUCGGAAUAGAGGGACCACAUAUUCAAUACCUUUGCAGCUUGAGGGCUUAUACAAUCAUACUGUGAAUUAAAUAGACUUGAAGCCAAUUUUAUUGUAUUAUUUUAUGAUUUCAUAUGUUUGACGAUCAUCCUGAAACCCAUAUGAUUAUAUGAUUUCUUUGUUUCAUGUGCAAGAAGAGUAACUGUAUUACGAGCUGUAUGCAUGUAAAUAUACCAUAUAUUCUAUGUCGUGUUGCCAUAAAUAAUGUCGAAAAGAAAAGUACGUAGUAAAGCG